CCCGACUUUUUGAAGUAUUGCAUUCUUUUGGUUAUUUGGCUGGAAUGAUUAAAGAAUAUCAUGAUAUUCAUCUCAGUCAACGACUUUUGGAUCGUUUGGAAAAACGAUGGAACUCCUGGGAACAACCAUUAUUGAUAUUGUCUUUUGUUCUCCAUCCAAUGUAUCAAAUGGAACAAUUUAAUCACGAAUUAAAAAGUUUGACAUGGGUUAAUAUAGGCGAAUAUAUUUUAUACUAUUAUGUUGCAUGGUUCCAUCAACAACCAAAUUCAAUUUUACGAGAACUUGAGCUUUUUCAUCAAAAAAAAUCACCAUUUAAUAUCACGACAUCAAGACAAUUUGGCAAUAAUGUUAUUGGAUAUUGGAACUAUUGUGCAUCAUGUACUAAGGAAUUAGGCCAAGUUGCAUUACAAAUUCAUGGAAUUUGUGUAAAUGCAGCCUCUGUUGAACGUCUUUGGUCUUCAAUGGGAUUUAUCCAUUCUAAUCGACGUAAUAAAUUGCAG